AACCCGGCCGCUCAUGCAUCACAGAACCUUAUCCUGUUCGCUCCUGACCUUCGUUAAAACCUCACCCGCUGCUCUCCCGCUGCGAUGGCAGCGCGCCAUGGCCAUGGCGCCCCUCUUCGUUCCUCCUCCUCAUCUCCUCUUCCUCCUCCCAGCCACCACCUCAUCAUCCCCCGCUGCUUCCCUCAGGCGACUCCUCCUCCCGCCGCUCUCGUGCCACGCGCGCCAGGUGCUCGACGUAAUGCCCCAGGGAGACCGCGUCGCCGGCCCGAGAGCCGCCGAGGGAGCUGGCGCUAAAGGCGCGACGGCGCAGGUCGGCGUGGCCACACGGGAGGCCGGCACGGCGGGGCGGCAUGGGCGGGGCCGUCAUGGCGGCGGCGCGAGGCCGUGGAGGAGAGGGGAGGACAGGCCCGCGCGCGGAGGACAACAUGCCGCCGACGACGGGGAGGUUCAGGGAACGAGGAGGGGUGGGGAUCUCAAACAACGCAGGGAGGGCAGGCGCUGGACGAGAGGCGAAACGCAAGCGCGGGAAUCUGGAAAGGCUGGAAAUUCGGGGAGAUGCCAGAGUAACGGUAGUGGUGGCAAUGCCAGCAGGAAGGGGAAGAAGAAAGCCAAGGGUGGUGAGAACGAAGUCAAGCUGAGAGUCGAGCUGGACAUGUGCUCGAAGAGGGGAGACGUGAUUGGAGCCAUCAACCUGUAUGAUUCUGCGGUGAAGGAAGGGAUCAAAAUGGGGCAGCAUCACUACAGCGUGCUCCUUUACCUGUGUUCUUCUGCGGCGCUUGGGUUUGUGCAACCGGCGAAAAGUGGCAAUGCCGGUAGUGGGAUUGCUAGUAUUGGGCAGUUACAUUCAUCGUCUACUCAAAGCGUGGGAAAUUUGGAGGGAGACGAUGUACAAUCUGAAGGCCACUCUGAAGAUCAGGAGGGAAACAAGACCGAUUUGUUUGCUUCGGAUGAUGGGACGGAGAAACCGAGUCGAAUUCCAGUGAGUGAUGAGCUGAGGGAGUAUGCAAGAACUCGAGGGUUUGAGAUAUUUGAGAAGAUGCGCUCGGAGGAAGAGAAAGUUCCCAUGAAUGAGUCUGCUCUGACUGCAGUGGCUCGUAUGGCGAUGUCCAUGGGCAACGGUGACAUGGCCUUUGAUGUUGUGAAGCAAAUGAAGGAUCAAGGUAUUGCGCCAAAGUUGCGGUCAUAUGGUCCUGCUUUGACGGCAUUCUGCAAUAGCGGCAAUGUUGAGAAAGCAUUUGAGGUGGAAGCACAUAUGUUGGAGUCUGGUGUCAGACCUGAAGAGCCUGAGUUGGAGACACUUCUCAAGGCUAGUGUGGCCGCACAACAAGGAGACAAGGUUUAUUAUUUGUUGCAUAAGUUCAGGACUACUGUCAGACAAGCAUCUUCAACCACAGCUAAACUACUUGAGGAUUGGUUUCAGAGCCCAACAGCAUCUAAAGUGGGGAAGAGAAAAUGGGAUUCAGGUGCUAUAACAAAAGCUAUUGAGAACAAUGGUGGGGGUUGGCAUGGGUUAGGAUGGUUAGGAAGGGGGAAAUGGACCAUAUCACACUCGCACAUCGACAGGAAUGGUGCAUGCCUUGCUUGUGGAGAAAAAUUGACUAUUAUAGAUCUUGAUCCAAAAGAAACAGAAGAUUUUGCCACAUUGGUGGCAAAAUUAGCUAUCAAAAGAGAGAGGAGAUCAAACUUUGAUAACUUUCAGAAAUGGUUGGAAAAGCAUGGCCCUUUUGAUGCAGUUGUGGAUGGUGCCAACGUUGGCCUUUUUAGCCAUAAGCAUAUUUCCUUGAGUAAGAUUAAUAUUGUUGCUGAUGUUAUACGGCAAAGAUUUCAAUCAAGAAAGCUCCCUUUGAUAGUUGUGCAUAACCGACAUCUCACUGGAGAGCGCAUGCAAAAGCCUUCUAAUCGUAAGUUGGUGGAAAAGUGGAAGCUUUCUAAUGCUAUUUAUGCAACCCCUACUGGCUCAAAUGAUGAUUGUUCAGGUACUGGUUGUAUGCUGCUAUCAGAUGCAAAUGCUUGAUGGUUACCAAUGAUGAAAUGAGAGACCACACAUUUCAGCUCUUGGAAAGAGAUUUCUUCCCCAAAUGGAAGGAAAGGCAUCAGGUACGCUUCAAUUUUGAGGACAGUUGUGUUACACUUCAAAUGCCUCCUCCUUGCUCAGUUGUAAUUCAGGAAUCUGAGAAUGGUCAGUGGCAUAUCCCUGUUGUCUCUGAGGAAGGUUCACUAGAGAAGGACCGGACCUGGUUAUGUGUCACGCGGCGCAACUGAGAGCCAGAUUACAAUGAAGCUCAAGUUGAUCUAGAAACACAAUGUGAAUAAAUCACUACAACAUGGUUUGACAUUACUGUAGGGACAAAGUUGACCAUUCUUUUCUGCUCAGGAUCAAGAACUGACCGUACCUUGUCAAGGUGCCGUUACAUACCAACAAUUCUUUCAUGCUUGGAGUUCCUUCUUCUGUUAAACUGGCCUGUUUCAGGUGUUCAGUAGCCAGAAUAGGUGAAUAACACGUGCAGAAAAAUAGGCCUGACUGCUCAACAUUCAGCUACUAUAUAUGGCUAUACAAAUAUGCAUUUGGUCUUCCGGUCCUUUGCGUUAUAUCCAAUUUAAUCAUUCAAUAAGGCAUUGUGUGUACUGUUAUGUGCAUGAAGUUAGAACUCUGAACUUGUACCUUUUUUACACUCUACCCUGAACAAGUGAACAUUGAACACCGGGUUUUGAAAACCUCCAGAGGCAUUGGCGGCUCUGGGUUGUUCUCACU